GCUGAGGAAGAUCGGUGUGUGAUCAUGUCUGGCAGAGGCAAGGGCGGGAAGGGGCUCGGCAAGGGGGGCGCCAAGCGCCACCGCAAGGUGUUGCGCGACAACAUCCAGGGCAUCACUAAGCCGGCCAUCCGCCGCCUGGCGCGGCGCGGCGGCGUCAAGCGCAUCUCGGGGCUCAUCUACGAGGAGACGCGCGGCGUGCUCAAGGUCUUCCUGGAGAACGUCAUCCGCGACGCCGUCACCUACACCGAGCACGCCAAGAGGAAGACGGUCACGGCCAUGGACGUGGUCUACGCGCUCAAGCGCCAGGGACGCACCCUCUACGCAAGGGAAGGUUGUGUGAUGGCGCGCACGAAGCAGACGGCGCGUAAGUCGACGGGCGGCAAGGCGCCCCGCAAGCAGCUGGCCACCAAGGCGGCCCGCAAGAGCGCGCCGGCCACGGGCGGCGUGAAGAAGCCGCACCGCUACCGGCCCGGCACGGUGGCGCUGCGCGAGAUCCGCCGCUACCAGAAGUCCACGGAGCUGCUGAUCCGCAAGCUGCCGUUCCAGCGCCUGGUGCGCGAGAUCGCGCAGGACUUCAAGACCGACCUGCGCUUCCAGAGCUCGGCCGUCAUGGCGCUGCAGGAGGCGAGCGAGGCUUACCUGGUGGGGCUUUUCGAGGACACCAACCUGUGCGCCAUCCACGCCAAGCGCGUCACCAUCAUGCCCAAGGACAUCCAGCUCGCCCGGCGCAUCCGCGGGGAGCGCGCCUGAGGCCGCUGUCCUUUCUCUGCCAAACCCAAAGGCUCUUUUAAGAGCCACCACAUUAUCACUGGGGAGCGCUGUAUCACUGUGCGAUAGUGCACUACCAGAUAGAGAUCAGUACAAUACCAGAGCACUGUGCCCAGUGCUCCUUUUGGUGCUUUUAAUAGAACCCAUUAUUGAGAAAUGGAA